AUGAGCAUCGUGCCCAAGGAGACGAUCGAAGUCAUCGCUCAGAGCGUCGGCAUCCCCAGCCUCGGCGCCGAUGUCGCCGUCGCGCUCGCCCCCGACGUGGAAUACCGCCUCCGCGAGAUCAUGCAGGAAUCCAUUAAAUGUAUGCGGCAUGCAAAGCGGACUGUUCUGACGGCGGAUGACGUUGACAGUGCCCUGGGCCUCAGGAAUGUUGAGCCUGUGUAUGGAUUUGCUUCUGGUGAUCCAUUGCGUUUUAAGAGAGCUGUUGGGCAUAAGGAUCUCUUCUAUCUCGAUGAUCGGGAGGUAGACUUCAAAGAGAUUAUUGAAGCUCCUCUGCCUAAAGCCCCACUGGACACAUCAGUUGUAGCCCAUUGGCUAGCGAUCGAGGGGGUGCAGCCUGCAAUACCGGAGAAUCCUGCUAUUGACGCAAUUGUACCACCAACUGAAAAUAAAAGGUCUGAGCAUGGGAAGUAUGAUGGACUUCCAGUUGAUGUCAAGCUUCCUGUUAAGCAUGUAUUAUCUAGAGAACUACAGAUGUACUUUGAUAAAAUAGCUGAGCUUACUAUGAGUAGAUCUGAUACGUCCCUUUUUAAAGAAGCUUUAGUGAGCUUGGCAAAAGAUUCUGGUCUUCAUCCUUUGGUUCCUUACUUUUCCUACUUCAUUGUAGACGAGGUUACCCGGAGUUUGGGUGAUCUUCCUGUUUUAUUUGCUCUAAUGAGAGUAGUCCAAAGUCUUCUCCGUAAUCCACAUAUUCAUAUUGAACCUUAUUUGCACCAGCUAAUGCCAUCAAUGAUCACUUGCAUUGUUGCAAAAAGGCUAGGGCAUAGGCUCUCAGAUGACCACUGGGAACUUAGAGACUUCUCUGCCAAUUUGGUUGCCUCGAUUAGACUUCUUCUUUUGCCCAACCUUGUGACAUAUAUGCAACUUCUGGAGCCGGAACUGCAGCUUGAGAAGCAGAAAAACGAGAUGAAAAGGAAGGAAGCUUGGCGUGUUUAUGGUGCCUUGCUGUGUGCUGCAGGCAAAUGCUUGUAUGAUCGGUUGAAAUUAUUUCCUGGUUUGCUUUCUCCAUCGGAGCGACCUCUUUUACGGAGCAACAAAAGGGUCUUAACCAACAACCCAAUUGAAUUAGUAGACUUUGAAAGUAAAGAGUAUGUUGCACUGCAAAUUUCAGAUAAGCGAAAAUCUAGCACAGAUCUCUCUGCAACUCAGCCACCUCUGAAGAAGAUGGCAACAGACGCAACAGCCAACUCCAUGGCCUCAGCUUCCAAGGGAGGAAACAUGCAAGGUGCCAUGGAUGGCUUUUCCAACCAGUUAGCCAACCCUGGCAUGAUGCAGGCCUCGUCCUCCGGGCAGAUGGUGGAGAGCAUCCCAUCAGCUGCCAUCCGGAGAGAUCAGGGCAGUGAUCUCGCUCAGAGAGUUUCUGCAGUUCUUAGGCAAGCUUGGAAGGAGGAUCAGGACACCGGUCAUCUCUUGGGGUCUCUGUUUGAGGUCUUCGGUGAAGCCAUCUUCUCCUUUGUCCAACCACCAGAGAUUUCCUUGUUUGUGUAG